GACAAUUGUAUUGUUGCAGGACUUGUUGUCUGUCCCGUUUGUCUUGUCUGUCUUUUAUGUUAUGUGUAUUGUAAGGGGAACGGGUCACGCCGUUAGUUGGCAGCGGGAAAAGGGGGACUGCAGACCAUGGGUCGAUUGGUUGAGCCGGACAGUGGCGGGAGAUGAGGGGAGGUGAUAUAAGGUGGUGGAUGAGUGACAGAGGGGGGAGAGACGGGGAGUGAGAGAGAGUGACAGCGACUAGAGAGAGAGAUAGCAAUAGAGGAUAAAGAAGGGUUUGUUGUUUUAGUGGCGUGAAUUCCGGACCCUGACAGGAAUUCUCUGUUUAUUAAAAUAAAGAUUCGAGACCGAGAGUUCCACACUGUCUCCGUGAGUCCUGCUUCAUAAACCUGACAAAAACGCUACAUUGGUGUACAGAAGCGGGAUUAUGGCGCACUUGCCUCGGAAAAUGAAGCAGGAACCGGCGGAGAUGGCAGUUUCACCGCCACUGGGAGGAGACGAGCUGCGUUGCAGGCUGGAGGACCUUGUAGCAGAGCUGAGUGUCAGAGGGGUGCAAAAGACAAGCGCCAGUAGGACCAGGAACAGCGGGGAACGAAUACAAGGCGGGAGCCUGCACGGCGAAACAGAACGAAGGGCCAAGAUGGCGGAGGCUGUGAUCGGGAGAUCUGCCACAAGCGCAGGAGAUCAGUGUGUCAUCAGCGUCGAUAGCGAAGACGGAGCUGCGGCUGAAGCAUCACGACGCGUCAAACAGGAGGCAACGUCACAGUGGGGCGGAAGUGGGGCAGAGCACAGGGCAUUGAGCGUCCAUGUAAAAAAAAUUGUCCCGGAAGAAGUGACGUCAUCCCGGUGCGCAGGAGCAACAUCAGAGCUGCUGGAUCAAAACAAAGGGGCCUGCAUCAACAAACCCACUUAUGAUGGUAAGGCCGACUGGCGAUUGUUCUUAAUACAGUUUGAAUUAAUGGCGAAAUUAGAAGGAUGGACUGAUAAGGAAAAAACUGUAGGCAUUAUCACCAGCCUGACGGGUGAUGCCUUACCAUACCUCCGGUUUAUUGAUGUAGCUCAUGGUGACAGCUACGAAAGUGUGUUGGCACAAUUAAGUGACUGUUUUGUGGGGAUCCAGGUAGCUAGGCCCCGAGAUGGGCCCCGUGCCGACCACGGGAGUGGAAGUAGAGCAAGUGUGAGUGACAGGAUGCAGGGGGCUGGCCGAAGUACGGUAAAAGCAGGCCGCUAUGACGGGACAUCGCCAUGGGAGGCAUACCAGGCCAAAUUCAAGAUGGCUGCGCUCAACAAUGCCUGGAGCCCGACAGAGAAAGCUGGCCAGCUAGCGGCAGCCCUGGAUGGGAAAGCACUGCAGGUGCUGCUAGACCUGGGCCCAGACGAGCUGGACAGCUAUGAUGUUAUCGCCAUGGCCCUGGACCGUCGCUUUGGGAGAGUAGAGCCUGCUGUCGGCCUGCGCCAACGCCUGGCCACACGGAUCAGAGGCCCCGGAGAGAAGUUGGGUGUGCUUGCAGCAGAUGUCCUGUACUUGGCCCGGCGGGGGUACCCCGACUACCCGCCAGCCACGCAAGGGGACUUGGCCAUGGAGGCCUUUGUCCGUGGCCUGACCCCUAAUGCCCUGCGCCAGCAGGUCCGGCUCGCUGCCCCAACCUCCUUAGAGCUCGCCUUGGCCCACGCAGAACGUGUCGAGGCUGUGCUCGAGGAGGGUGAGCGUGACUGGGCCCCUGGGGGAAACCAGCGAGAGGGGAGAGAAUGGACCGACCGCCCCAGGCCCACUGCACGUCAAGCCCAAGCAGAAGAGGAGGAGACUGCAGACAGCCACGCUGCUCCUCCCUGGAUCUCUGACCUGGCCGCCCUGAUCCGUACCGUAUCCACACAGGCCCCCCACACGCGCCUGUGCUGGGACUGUGGCAAACCUGGGCACCUACAGCGGCGAUGCCCCUCCGCUGCAGCCCCACCCAACCGCUCAUCGUCGGAAAACAUCGUAAGUGGGACAACGUGGGCCCCCCAUCCUGUCUCCCAUACUUACCACCGUCCACCUGCGCCACACACAGCUGGGGCCCGACCACCAAGCGGGGAGAGGGUGCCCCCCCACUCUCCUGAAGCCACUGACAGCAAUCCACACAGACCAGCUGUGGUAGUCGGGAGAACCACCGCAGGGGACUUUUGUCAUGUUCCUGUCCAGAUUGAGGGGGUCCCCUGUACCGCCCUGGUGGACACCGGCUCCACGGUGACCCUGGUCCGUCCCGAUGUGCUCCCAGAGGGGGUCCAGCUGGAACCCACAACUGUUCAACUCCGUACAGUCACUGGGGAGCUGACGCCUAUGAAAGGGAGGGGCAACCUGGCCAUAGAAGUGGCUGGGCGGACAGUACAUCACCCUGUCUGGGUAGCAGCUGUCCAGGAUCCCUGCAUACUGGGUCUGGACUUCCUGCGCUACACAGGCGGGCAACUGGACCUCCGAACCGGGACAUUGCACUUACAAGGGGGCCCGGCCCUGGCCUUGGCCUAUCCGGAGGGGCGAGCCUUCCCACCGGGGCAGCUGGGCCGUGACCGGGACCCCUUUGCUCGUCAGGGCCAGACUGCUAAGAGAGGGGAGCUAAUAAGCCAGCAAUACCCACUGUUACACCGCCAUGGCCCACGCCACUCCACGUUGGGUCGGGGGACCUCAGCCCUCUCCCGGACCCCACCACGCCAGCGCGUACUGACGCCCUCGCCGACCCCUGCCCCCAGGGGCAACACAGCAUUCCAACGGGCCCAGCGUCGGAGAGGACUUCCACUCCCACAGCCCUCCAUGCCAGCCCAGGGGACCUCAGCCCUUCCCUGGGCCCCCAGCGGCCAGGGACGGAGACCCUCCUUUUCCAAGCCCCCAUCAGUAGCAAAGACGACCGCGUCAGCCCCAAGUUCGUCUGCUCCCCCCCCAGGUACUAUGGAGGACCCCACUGUUGCCACAGUGACCACAGUCUGGAGCCAGAAUUGUGAGGGGCUUCACCCGGAGCAACAGGCCCAGCUAUGGGAGCUGUUACUGACCUACCGCCAUAGCUUCGCUACCAACCCUGAAGACGUCGGCCGGACACACAUGGUCCAGCAUUCCAUCGACACAGGGGAGGCCCGGCCCAUCAAGCUGCGGCCCCGCCGCCAACCACUGGCCCGCCAGGAGGCUACAGAGGAGGCACUGAAGGAGAUGCGGGAGGCUGGAAUCAUUGAGCCCUCAGACAGUCCCUGGACAUCCCCGGUGGUCAUGGUUCCGAAGAAAGAUGGCAAGUGGCGCUUCUGUGUCGACUACAGACGCCUGAAUGAUGUCACGGAGAAGGACUCCUACCCCCUCCCCCGCAUCGACGAGUCCCUGGACCUGGUGGCCGGGUCGAAGUGGUUCUCCUCCCUUGACCUAAGGAGUGGCUACUGGCAGGUGGCCCUGUCCCCGGCUGCCCGACCCAAGACUGCCUUCUCCACUGGCCGAGGGCUCUGGCAGUUCACCGUGAUGCCGUUCGGACUUUGCAACGCCCCCGCAACAUUCGAGCGACUCAUGGAAAAAGUGCUGGUCGGCAUGCCCCCUACAGAGUGCCUGGUGUACUUGGACGACCUGCUGGUCCAUGGGAAGACCUUCCAGGCGGCCCUGGCCUCCCUGCGAGAAGUGCUCCGACGAGUCACCGAGGCAGGACUGAAGCUACACCCUGAAAAGUGCCAGUUCUUGCGCAAGGAGGUUACCUUCUUGGGUCAUCGAGUUGGAGAGGACGGUAUCAGUACGGAGCCCUGCAAGGUCGCAGCAGUCAGAGACUGGCCUACCCCCAUCAACCUCCGCCAGCUGAGAGGCUUCCUUGGACUAGCGUCCUACUAUAGGAGGUUUGUGCAGGGCUUCGCCACCAUCGCUGCCCCCUUACACUGCCUCCUGCGUAAGGGUGAGCCCUUUGAGUGGACCCCGGAACGUCGGGAGGCAUUCGACAGCCUGAAAAUGGCCCUGUGUCAGUCCCCCGUGUUGGCACCCCCAGACCCCCACUCCACCUUCUUGCUGGACACUGACGCGAGCGACAAGGGAAUCGGAGCUGUCCUGUCGCAGCCGGGGUCAGACGGUGAGCAGGUAGUUGCAUACUACAGCCGGUCGCUCAGCAAGACCGAGCGUCGGUACUGUGUGACCCGACGGGAGCUGCUGGCAGUGGUCGAGUCGGUCCGCCACUUCCGCCACUACCUCUGUGGGCUCCCCUUCACAGUGCGGACGGACCACGCAGCCCUGCAGUGGCUUCUGACCUUCAGGGAGCCGGAGGGACAGGUUGCCCGCUGGAUAGAACAACUACAAGCGUUUAACUAUUCCAUCCAGCAUCGGGCCGGGGAGAAACACGCUAAUGCGGACGCCCUGUCCCGCCGACCCUGUGCCCAGGAGGGCUGUGCACACUGCGACCGGAGGGAACAGAAGGAGGCCGAGCUGUCCUCAGGAAGUACGGAGCAGUGCUGUACGCUGGUGCCAGUGGAGAGGACGGAGUGGAGGAGGCACCAGGAGGCUGACCCAGACCUCUGUCCGGUGCUGCAGUGGCUGGAGGACCAGUGGAGACCACCCUGGGAAGAGGUAGCAAGAUACUCUACUGCCACCCGGGGGCUCUGGUCGCAGUGGACAGGGCUGGGUUUGAAGGAUGGCGUCCUCCAACGGCAGUGGAAGGAGCCAGCAACAGGGGAGGUGAGAUGGCAGGUGAUCGUCCCCCAAACGUUGCGCCUGGAGGUGCUCAAGGCCCACCAUGGGACCCCAGGCACCGGCCACUUCGGGGUCACGAAGACGCUCCGACGGCUCCGACAGUCCUUCUACUGGGGGCAGUGCAGACGGGACGUUGAGGACCACUGCCGGCGCUGUGACACCUGCACUGCUCGAAAAGGACCCCCGGGCCGGUCGCACGCCCCCCUCCAGCAGUACCAGGUCGGUGGACCCAUGGAGAGGGUCGCUGUGGAUGUCUUAGGCCCCUUUCCGCGCUCAGAGAAGGGAAACCGGUUCGUCCUGGUGGCCCUUGACUAUUUCACGAAGUGGCCGGAGGCAUACGCUCUGCCAGACCAGGAGGCAGAGACGGUCGCUGAAGCACUGCUGGGGGGGUUCUUCAGCCGGUUCGGGAUCCCCCAGGAGCUCCAUUCAGACCAGGGGCGCAACUUCGAGUCCCGGGUCUUUGCGGAGAUGUGUCGGCGCCUGGGGAUCCGGAAGACCCGGACCACCCCCCUCCACCCGCAGAGUGAUGGAUUGGUUGAGCGUUUCAACCGCACGCUGGCCGUACAGCUGGCUGUGACCACCGCAAGCCACCAAAAAGACUGGGACACCCACCUGCCUCUUGUGUUGAUGGCCUGUCGUUCAGCUGUGCAGGACUCCACUGCCUGCACUCCAGCUCUGCUCAUGCUGGGUCGUGAGCUCCGCACGCCAGCGGAGAUGAUCUUCGGUCGCCCCUCAGACACCCCCAGUGUGCCCCCAGGUCCAGAGUACGCCCGGAGGCUGCAGGACCGGCUGGAGGUAGCGCACCACUUUGCCCGGGACCAAAUGCAAGCUGCUGGUGUCAGGCAGAAGCGGAACUACGACCUCAGGGCUCGGGGCCGCCACUUCAUCGCCGGGGAGCUUGUUUGGAUCUUCAGCCCCAAGAGAAAGCGAGGCCGUUGCCCCAAGCUGGACAGCCACUGGCUCGGGCCCUGCCAGGUCCUGGAGCGGAUCGGGGAGGUAGUGUACCGGGUGCAGCUUCCACCUAGAGGGCGCAAAGUGGUCCUGCACCGGGACCGGCUGGCCCCCUACCUGGGACGGAACCCAGGACAGACUGACACAGCGACCCCUGACAGUCCCCUCUUGCCUCCUGCUGAUUCACCCUGUCCUGCGAGUCCCUCACCUUCUACCCCAGUUCCUGACAGCUCCUUGCCUGGGAGCUCCACACCCUUGGACUCGGUCAGUCCAUCUGCUGUGACUGACGGGGGAUCGACGCCUGUGAGGAGACCACGGCCGCAACGACAUCAUCGGCUUCCGGGCCGUUUUCGAGACUUUGCCCUCCCUCGAGGACGAGGGACUAAGGGGGGGGCUGUGUAACGACCCGGACAAUUGUAUUGUUGCAGGACUUGUUGUCUGUCCCGUUUGUCUUGUCUGUCUUUUAUGUUAUGUGUAUUGUAAGGGGAACGGGUCACGCCGUUAGUUGGCAGCGGGAAAAGGGGGACUGCAGACCAUGGGUCGAUUGGUUGAGCCGGACAGUGGCGGGAGAUGAGGGGAGGUGAUAUAAGGUGGUGGAUGAGUGACAGAGGGGGGAGAGACGGGGAGUGAGAGAGAGUGACAGCGACUAGAGAGAGAGAUAGCAAUAGAGGAUAAAGAAGGGUUUGUUGUUUUAGUGGCGUGAAUUCCGGACCCUGACAGGAAUUCUCUGUUUAUUAAAAUAAAGAUUCGAGACCGAGAGUUCCACACUGUCUCCGUGAGUCCUGCUUCAUAAACCUGAC